AUUGGUUAAAAUUAUAAUUUAAAUAUUGUCAUAUCGAGCUAAGUGAAUUUCAGUGAUGAACUUGGGGGCCGUGCGGCGUGCCAGUCACGCGUCUAACUUAGCGCACUCUGGUUUCGUGCUAAUCCACCUUGCAAGACACUGAGAGAUAAGAUGUCGUAUUACAACAGUCCUCCUCCUCCAUACCAGCAACAUGCUUCAACCACGCCACAAGCAUUUCGUCCUGGCCAUUCUCACUCUACUACACAAGGACAUACACAUAACGGUAAUUCGCAGAACUAUGGGCAUCACGGACAUGGUUAUGGACGCCAGCCCUCGAUCGCGGUACCAAAGCGCCCCGUUCCCCGGAUCGUAAUUCAUUCCAGGCACGAUGUCUAUAGCACAAAAGCAUAGGCAGUUGUUGAUACUUAUCUUUAGGUCCAAUGAAACCGAUCCUCUCCUUUCGAGAGAAAGACAUCGACAAAACCAUGACUUAGCAUGUUGCUUCUUCAUAACUAUCGGAGCUAUAUUCAUUUUGGGGGUGUUUUAUUUCCUCCCGUCUAUGCCCCCCGAUAAGAUUGCCUGGACCAAUCUUGAAUCUCAUUCCUGCACCAGUUAUGCAACAAGGGAGUACGUAGCAGAAAUGAAUGUCUCACCUUGGAGCCGCCAGUGGACGAAUAUCUGCAUGAGUACUCCAGUGGUUGUCCAUGGCCAGCCUCACUUUCCCUCCAGAUGUGAAUAUCGUUCAGGUACGGUAAUUGGUCAUUUCGCCGUCAAAUAUAACGAACCAGACUGCGUCACAUACUGGAGCGGAUAUAGGGAUUGGGGAUGUAUCGCUAAAGGCUCGCGGAAGAGAGUGAGAGGCAGAUGCACUGUUCACUGGGACUUGAUUUGAUCUUCAUUGUAGCACAUUGAACAACAUCUCAUGAACGUACCGGCCAACGCAGACUAUAAGGAAUUCUGUGCGACAACGCCUGCUCGUUUCUUAGACCAAGAAUUCUCUGGUGCGGACUCGUGCUUCAAUAGCAUCUGGGGUGUCUAUGGGCA